AUGUCCGAUGAUGCAUCUCUGCCGCCCAAUGCCCCCAUGAUCAACGGCCCGGGCUCUCGGCCGCAGAUCGAUGGAGAAGAAGAUGCAUCGCCCUCUUCCACCACCGCUCCAGCAUCCGUCCCCAGCCUCGAGGCAGUAUGCGCCGACCUCCACGGACGAGUCAGCGCGUUCUUGAACAAGACCCCCGACUCGGACUCGACACGAAGGGUUCAAGAACAGGUUCGUAUAUCAAUCGGCGUGAUCGAAAAGGCGUUGACCGACUACGAAUUCUCAAGUCUCUCCCUCUCCUACAACGGCGGCAAGGACUGCCUCGUCCUUCUCAUCCUCUACCUCUACUCGCUAUAUAGUCACUUCAGACCUUCUGCAAAGCUUACCGCCAGCAGCAACAACAACAACAACAACAUGACAACCACCUCCACUCCGCCCCCAUCAAUUCCAUUCCCCACCUCGAUCCCAGCAAUCUACGCCCAAUCCCCCGACCCCUUCCCCGCCAUGGACAAUUUCGUAACCACCUCCUCUCAGCGCUACCACCUCGACCUCUGCACCAUCCGCACCAACCCGCGCCCAGGCCAGCACUCACACACGCACGUGCACCAAUCGCUCAAACCUUCGCCCUUGUCCCAUUCCGACCCUCCCCUCCCCUCAACCCCUCCUCCCCCCGUAGACGCAACAAAACGCGUAACCAUCCGCGACGCAUUCGCCACCUACCUCUCCGCCAGUUCUUCCAAUGAUGCCAGCUCAACCCGGCCGCUCCCAAACAAGAUCCUCGCAAUCUUCGUCGGCACCCGCCGCACCGACCCUCACGGCUCGAACCUGACACACUUCGACCGCACCGACCACGGCUGGCCGGACUUUAUGCGCAUCCCCCCCGUCAUCGACUGGCGAUUGAGCGAGAUCUGGUUGUUCUUGCGCGCAGAGGAACUCAAAGAAGCGGACGGAAAGCCGUUGGAGUAUUGUGAGAUGUAUGAUGAGGGGUAUACGUCGCUGGGCGGGGUGGGGGAUACGGUGAGGAAUCCCAGGUUGAGGUAUGUGGAUGAGGAUGGGAGGGAGAGAUAUAGGCCGGCUUAUCAGUUGACGGAGGAUGGGGACGAGAGGCUGGGGCGAGGAUGA